UUGGUGUCGUACCGUGUCAUCUAGUGUCGUCAAAUGUCAUUAGAUGUUUGCUUCACCAUGAAUAAGAUUUUUAGUUAAUUAACACGUGAAUAAGAAAGUCACAGAAUUUUAAAGCAAAAGUUGUGUUAAAUUUGGUAGCGUUCAAUAUCAUCGAUUGGGAAAUGAGACGAUCCAACGAGAUUUUGAAUGAAAAAUUGAAUUUGGAAGAUACGGAUAGUGCAUUAAACAACAUGGUAGACGUUAGAGCUUGUUAUAAGCCAAACGGAAAAUAAAUUACGCAUGAUCUCACCAUGGUAGCGACACAAUAUUGCUAGGAAGCCAUUUGAGUAUGUGGUCCCAUUUAUCAUUUUUCUAUACAUGGGUCCAGAUUUGUUGAUUUCUACAGUCUGCUUUAUGCUAAGGCCUAUUGUUGGAGAUCACAGAUGUAUAUGUCCAAUGGAUAUUAUUUCGGAAAUAUAUUGAUUGUCAUCAAAUAUGAUCAACAAUGAGUGAGGGAAACGAAGAGAGGAAAUACAGAGAGAUAAUACAGUCAUGGUUUCGAGGUGUUCGGAGCAGCAAAUUCCGUCACGUUUAUGGUAUACCAGCUAAGAGGGAAAAAUGUUAUGACAAUAUCAAGAUUACAAAGAAUGCUCAUGACUCACAGUUUUGUGCUGUCAAUCCUAAAUUUCUAGCGAUUGUUACAGAAGUAGCUGGAGGUGGGGCAUUUCUAGUAUUACCUCUCGAUAGAACUGGACGUUUGGAUUUCAAUGCUAGUAGAGUUACUGGACAUACGGGACCUGUUUUGGAUAUUAAAUGGAAUCCAUUCAAUGAUAAUAUUAUCGCAUCUUGUUCAGACGAUUGCACAAUAAAAUUAUGGCAUAUACCAGAUGGGGGGCUAUCUAGAAACUUAUCAGAAUGGCUUAUUGAACUACAAGGUCAUAAACGUCGAGUAUCAUACAUAGAUUGGCAUCCUGUAGCUGAAAAUAUCCUUUUCAGCAUAGGUUUUGAUCAUCUUGUUAUUGUUUGGGAUGUCGGUAGGGGAGAAGCAGUGAACAUCAUUGAUAGACAUCCUGAUGUGAUAUAUAGUUUAUCUUUAAAUCGAGAUGGAAGUUUAUUAGCAACAACAUGCAAAGAUAAAAGAUUACGUGUUUUUGAACCUAGAUCAGGUAUUAUAGUUUCGGAAGGAAUUUGUCAUGCUGGAACCAAAGCAAGUAAAGUGGUAUUUCUUGGUGGAUCUGGACGUUUAUUGACUACCGGAUUCAGUAGACAUUCAGAUAGACAAUACGCAAUUUGGUGUCAACAUGAUUUAACAGCUCCUCUUACUCGUGAAACUAUAGAUUCAUCUAGUGGUGUUAUUUUUCCGUAUUUCGACAAUGAUACAAAUAUGGUGUAUUUAGCAGGAAAGGGUGAUGGUAAUAUUCGGUAUUAUGAGGUAGUUAAUGAAGUUCCAUGGAUGCAUUAUCUCAGUCAAUUCAUCUCUGGUAAUCCACAAAGAGGAUUAGGUGUAAUGCCAAAAAGAGGCAUAAAUACAAGUAUUUGCGAGGUUUUUAGAUUUUAUAAAUUACAUGCAACUCGAGGCAUGUGUGAACCGAUUUCCAUGAUUGUACCUCGAAAGAGCGACCAAUUUCAAGAAGACUUGUAUCCUGAUACUAUAGGUACCUGUCCUGCACUUUCAGCAAGAGAUUGGAUCAGUGGCAUGAAUAAUCCACCAAUAUUAAUAUCACUUAAAACAGGUGGUAGUAUUUCUACGCAUAAACCACGCGUAUACAAGCAACCAUUAUUACCUCCAGCGACAGAUUUAAAUAAUAAGAAAAAAUUUGCAUUUUUGUCUACUGAAACUGUCCCUGAUUACAGACCAGUAGAGUUACAUAAUAUAACGGAGAAAAGUCAAAAAACAUCCAGCAAUCAAAGCACUAAAUUUCAACAGUUACAGCAAAAAUUUGCCAAUGUAAAUUUACAAAAUAAUAUAAUAACAACAUCGUUAAGCAACAAUAAAGUUAUCGAAACCAUUGACGUUCCUAACAACGAAGCAGAACUUAGAUUGGCAUAUGUACGUCAAGCAGAUGAAUUGCGGUUGAUGCGCCGUCAGCUUGCUAACAGCCAACUUCGUAUAAAGGAAUUAGAAGAACAAGUGCGUAAAUUACAACAUCAGUAACGCUUGAUAAUGCCUUUUAGUCAAAGAAUUUCAUCAGUAUCCUUUAUAUAAACUUUUUAUACAUUUCGUGCAAAUUGUGAAACCAAAUAGUCUGCUAUAUUCGUGCUUUAAGAACAAAAUAAUCUUAAAUGUUCAUGAAAAUGAGAUGAAAUUGCAUGCGUAAGUUCUUUUUUUUUACAAAUUUGUAUUGCAUAUAUAAAAUAUGUGGAUAUCAAGUACAUUAUUAUGAAGAUUUAUGCAAAUUGCGUAUUAAAUUAAUGGAUUUCUAAUAUUUCUUUUGAACAUUUUUCCAAUUCGUACAUAAAAUUAUAUCAAGUUUCAAAUGUACAAACAAAAUUAGAAGUUCAAAGUAAUAUUCUUAUUAUAUAUAUAUUAUAUAUAUAUAAAUUAAAACAAAUUAGACAAACAAUAUAAUAUUCAUAUAAUCUUGCUACUUUUUUACUUGUGCAUUAAAACAGAUAAAUAACAUAAAAAGAGUAAAUACAAAUACAUAUACACAUGUCAUGUAUGCUCUAUAAUAAAAUGUUCUUAAUAUUUGUUGUAUUACUCGUUAUAAUAAAAUAAUAUGCCAAAGAAAA